UAGAAGAUAGCGUUAUGUGUAGUGCAAAAGAUGGUUUAAGUUUCGUCUGCAAUAGUUCACUUCUAUAUCUCUCAUUGUUCUAUGCACGAACCACGGCUGAUUGAUGUGUCAUGUCUGCACUGUUGGUCGUUUGUUGCUGUUGGUUCUCAUGUAGACUAUAAGCGUGUGUAAUGAUGUGUCAUCCUGCUGUAACACAUUUAUAAUCGUAGCAUUAACCAUGGCAGACAAUUUAGCAGCUCGUCGCGAGGCAAGACGGCGGCGCAUCCUCGAAAAUUCUCAGUCAAGGUUACAGAAAAUAACUGGGAGAACAGAUAAUGAGAAAACGGGGACGGAGAGCGAGACGGACGGCGCGGCGCGCGGCUACUACUACGACGGGGCAGGUCUGGACGACGGCGCGGGCGACUCCAAACUGCUGCAGUUCCUCGAGAAGCUGAGCGCUCCCGACAGUGCCCCGGGAGACGCGGACCGGCCGGGGCGCGGCGCCCCGAUGCUGCUGCAGAGGGUCGUGGCCUCGCGGGCGCACAUGGUCGUGUUGGCAGCCCUGGUGCAGUGGCUGCUCGUCGCAGAGUACGGCUUUGUGUUCGGCGAGUCGGCGCUGGUGCCGCUGGUGGCGUGGGAGCUGGCGCAGCUGCUGCUGCUGCGGCCCGACGACCCGCACUGCGCGGCGCGCGGCGACCUGGUGACGGCCGUGCUGGUGCUGUGCGGCAUCUCCGCGCGCGCCAGGCGCUGGCUGCUGCACACCCUCGUGGUGCUGCAGGACUGCGCGGCCUACUUCGGCGCGCUGCUGCUGUGCGACCGCGCCGUGCAGUGGCUGGCGUAGCCGCGUCUCUCCGUUGUACCGUCGCCGUCUUUACUUAGUGAACCUCUCGUGCACAGUGCACUUCCUCCCGCGGCCUCGACUUGCCGUGCUCGAGGAAGUAGCAGGGUCACGUUCGAGCUCUCGGCAUGCGCAAAAUGCAGUCGAGAACAUGCAUAUCAGAAUUGAAAAUGAAAAUUGUAAUCGUGGCAAAUCUCAGCGACACAACUUACCCCUGUUGUUUCUUUGCUAGUGUUAUCACUGGUUGUAAUUUUUUUUUGUUGUUGUUCACGCAUUAUAAAUAAUUAGUUAAUGAUGACGUGCCCUUCGGAGAAAGUGGUGCAAUUCCAAGAAGGUACAUUUAUGCAAUAAAGAAACAUUUGAAAAA